CCCGCAGCAAUUUUUCUUGCAAUGAACUCCGAUCUGUUAAGAAUUUCAAGCAUUGCGCGAAUCUUGAUCCAAGAUCGGGUGCGAUAGUUCGAGUUGAAGUUCAAUUCUCGAUCCAUGAUUUCAAUCCGUUGAAAAUGUACACGCAUGGUUCUGUUGGCCUGUGAUUCCUAUUCAGCCAAGGUUCAUAUCUAAGAAAUGGGCAUUCCAGAAAACAUUGUUGUCGGUUCUCAUGUUUGGGUUGGAGAUCCAGAAUUAGUCUGGAUUGAUGGACAAGUACUGAAUAUUAAUGGGGAGGAAGCUGAAAUUCAAACUAGCAAUGGGAAGAAGGUUUUUUCCCGUUUGUCAAAAUUAUAUCCCAAGGAUACAGAUGCUCCUACUGACGGAGUUGAUGACAUGACCAAGCUUGCUUAUUUGCAUGAGCCAGGAGUGCUGCAUAAUUUGGAAAAUAGAUACAAGAUCAAUGAAAUAUAUACUUAUACUGGAAAUAUUCUUAUUGCAAUCAAUCCCUUCCAAAGUCUUCCACACCUGUAUGAUGCUAAUGCGAUGAAAAUCUACAAGGGAGCAACAAUUGGAGAUUUAAGCCCACAUGUUUUUGCUAUUGCUGAAGCAGCAUAUAGGGAAAUGAUUACUGAGGAGAAAAACAACUCUAUUCUGGUUAGUGGUGAGAGUGGCGCUGGUAAGACAGAAACCACCAAAAUGCUUAUGUGUUACCUGGCAUAUUUGGGUGGUCACACUGCAUCUGAAGGACGGACUGUUGAACAACAAGUACUAGAAUCAAACCCAGUUCUUGAAGCAUUUGGUAAUGCAAAAACUGUUAGAAAUGACAAUUCCAGCCGUUUUGGAAAGUUUGUUGAGAUUCAAUUUGAUAAGUAUGGACGAAUAUCCGGUGCAGCGAUUAGAACUUAUCUUCUUGAGAAAUCUCGUGUUUGCCAAAUCUCAGAUCCUGAGCGUAACUAUCACUGUUUUUACCUUCUCUGUGCCUCUCCCCCAGAGGAAAAGGAGAAAUAUAAGUUGGGAGAUCCUAGAUCAUUUCACUACCUUAAUCAAUCCAGUUGCUAUGAAUUAGCUGGUGUUAAUGCUGCUCAAGAGUAUCUUAGCACCAAGAGAGCCAUGGAUAUUGUGGGAAUCAGUCAGGAGGAGCAGGAUGCAAUUUUCAGAGUUAUAGCUGCUAUUCUUCAUCUUGGAAACAUUAAGUUUGCAAAAUCCGAAGAAGAAACUGAUUCAUCAGUUUUAGAAGAUGAAGAAUCCAAGUUCCAUCUCCAAAUAACAGCAGAACUUCUCAUGUGUGAUCCUAAUGCUUUGGAAGAUGCACUUUGUAGGCGCGUGAUGAUUACCCCAGAAGAAAUCAUCAAAAGAAGUCUUGAUCCUCUUGGUGCAACAGUUAGCAGGGAUGGUUUAGCCAAGACACUAUAUUCUCGUUUAUUUGACUGGUUAGUCCAUAAAAUUAAUGUCUCCAUUGGGCAGGAUUCUAGCUCAAAAUGUCUAAUUGGCGUUCUUGACAUAUAUGGCUUUGAAAGCUUUCGAACUAAUAGUUUUGAGCAGUUUUGUAUUAAUUUCACAAAUGAAAAGCUGCAGCAACACUUCAACCAGCAUGUGUUUAAGAUGGAGCAAGAGGAAUACACAAAAGAAGGCAUUGACUGGAGCUACUUAGAAUUUGUAGAUAACCAAGAUGUAUUGGAUCUCAUUGAAAAGAAACCGGGUGGAAUAAUUUCUCUGCUUGAUGAAGCUUGUAUGUUUCCAAAGUCAACUCAUGAAACUUUUUCACAAAAGCUUUAUCAGACAUUCAAAGAUCACAAACGCUUCAUCAAGCCAAAAUUGGCACGCUCAGACUUCACUGUUGUUCAUUAUGCUGGGGAGGUCCAGUAUCAGUCUGAGCAGUUUAUAGACAAGAACAAGGACUAUGUUGUUCCUGAGCAUCAAUACAUGUUAAGUUCUUCCAAAUGUUCAUUUGUAUCAGGCCUUUUCCCUCCACUAUCUGAGGAGACGGCCAAAUCUGCUAAGUUUUCUUCUAUUGGUUCUCGUUUUAAGCUACAACUACAACAAUUGAUGGAUGCGCUCAAUUUGACAGAGCCCCACUAUAUUAGAUGUGUGAAGCCAAAUAAUCUAUUAAAACCUGGCAUAUUUGAGAAUAUGAACGUCAUCCAACAAUUACGUUCUGGUGGUGUUCUUGAAGCAGUAAGAAUUAAAUGUGCUGGAUUCCCCACACACAGGACCUUUCAUGAAUUUUUAACUCGGCUAGGAAUUCUUGCUCCUGAGGUUCUUCGUGGGAGCUUCGAUGAAAAGGAUUCUUGUAAAAAGAUUUUGGAGAAGGUUGGGCUGACAGGUUAUCAGAUAGGGGAAACACAAGUAUUCUUAAGAGCUGGUCAGAUGGCUGAACUGGAUGCCCAGAGAGCAUGCCUGCUUAGCAAUUCUGCAACAGUUAUCCAAAAGCAGAUUAAAACCCAUUUUAGUCGGAAAACAUAUAUUGCAUUGCGAAAGUCCUCUGUCUUUGUGCAAUCCAUUUGCAGAGGAGAACUGGCUCGGAGAUCAUAUUAUCACAUGAAGAGAGAAGCAGCUGCAGUCAGAAUUCAAAAGCAUAUGCUCGGAAAACUAGCCAGAAAAUGGUACACCAAAAUAAAGUUUUCUGCCAUUGUCUUGCAGACAGGUUUCCGGGCAAUGGAUGCUUGUGAUAAAUUGAGAUACAGAAAGCAAACUUGUGCCUCAACUAGUAUUCAGUCCUAUUGGCGGCGUCAUAAAGCUCUCUUUAAUUAUCAGAACCUUAAGAAAGCGGCAAUGAUCUCACAAAGCGUCAAUCACUCCAGGGAUGAACAUGAACAGAAGGUUUUGGAGAUAUCAGUGGAACAUGAAAGUCCUUCAGUGGAAGAACCUUCAAAUCCUUUUCAAGAAGAAUCCUCAAGUCCUUUACAAGAUGAUGAAAGCAUUGAAGCUAUCAAGGAUUCCUCUAGUCCUCUCGAAGACAUUGAAAAGAUUGAGGCUCUUACUGUUGAAAUAGAAAACUUGAAGGUCAUGUUGCAAUCAGAAAAACAAAGAGCUGAUGAAUUUGAAAGGAAAUAUGUAGAAGCUGAAGGAUCCAGCGAAGAGUUACAGAAAAAGCUUGCAGAAACUGAAAAAAGAGUAUAUCAGCUUCAGGACUCAUUGAACAGGAUGAUAUCUUCCAUGUCAAGUCAAGUUGCCGAGCUGAAGACGAUCUUAAGUACUUCAUCAAGAUUGAGUUCAACUUUUCGACCUAUUGCUAGAGUUGAUGUUGCUUCCAGUAACUCUGAUACUUCAUCCACAGACUCUGAUUUCACGUUUCCAGCUCCUGUUUCGAAUCCAGAAACUCUUUCUUCCCCCAAGCCCAAACCUUUUCAACUAGUAGUUCAGGAUAUCACUGCAGUAGAUGGAUCAGGAUCUGAAAGUGAAAAGGAGGGUUCAUUUGAUGAUUUCUUCUAGUAAAACUUGUAUUUCUACGAUCUGGCUUAUAUUUUCAUUUCCUCUCUGUCGCUGGGGAAACAAGGAGGAAAGACAGACAAAGGGAUGGAGAUGGCAUUGGUUAGGCACGUUCGCUCUUCAGGCACAUACCCUACGUACAAAUUUGUAGAUACACAGUUCAUCUCAGGAUCCUGUAGAUCAGUCAGGUAGAGGUAGCAAAAGAAUCAAUCUAUGAUGAACUUAUUGAUUAGUGUUUCACCUUGUUGACAUCCUUCUGAGUUCAAUCUUAUUUCAAUCCCAAAUGACAGAUAGGGAGACAAUUUUGUAUAUAACAUCUUUCCGGAGUUUUUUCUUUCUGUUUUAUUUUUUAGUGAAUUGAGUAUUGCCCACGGCUUUGAGGGGUGAAAAU